AUGAAAGCAGGAGGUUUAGGAAAUUCAGAACUACCAACAUUUCGACUUUUGUUAAGCGGCAUAUGUGCGGUACUUGCUGGUGGUUUCCAUAUUGGAUUUCAAAUAUCGCUUAUCAGUCCGCUUGCUGCUACUCUGCAGGAAUUUAUGGUUGAUUCUAUUCAAAGCCGUUAUCAAAUAGAAAUUUCUGAAAUUUUUCUUCGAAUUUUAUUUUCUUCUGUUGCUGGAAUACUUUUCAUCGGUGCAAUUAUUGGAGCCGCAGUGAUACCGCAGUUAAUGACAAGAUUUGGUUGUCGAUGGUCAUUUGUGUUUGCCAACUUAGCAAUGAUAGUUGGUCUUUUUAUGGCAUCUUUUUCAAAACCUAUCAAUUCAGCAGAAGUAUUUAUUUUGUCAAGACUUGUGGUGGGUAUAUGUGUUGGCAUGUCUACGACAAUCCAAGGGGUAUUUCUGACCGAAAUAAGUCCUCUGAGCUGCAGAGGACUUAUGGGUACGAUGGCUGGACUUGCAACAAACAUUGGUUUUACUGUAGCUUCCGCUUUAGGUUUGCCGACAGUUUUCGGAUGCAAAAACUAUUGGCCUAUUCUUUUCUACUUAGAGCUAAUUCCUUGCUUGUUACAUCUGUUUUUGCUGGUCAUAAGCGUUGUCGAAAGUCCCCAAUAUUUUCUUAGAAAAAAUAACGAAGAGGAUGCAAGAAAUGCAUUAUCACUUUACUCACAUAAUAAGUCUUCAAUUGGUGACGAAUUGGCAAGGCUGAAGAACGAAUUAAUCUGUAACACGGAGACUGCCGGGUGGAGCACACUUUACAAAGACAAGGCUGUCCGUCAGGCACUUUUGCUCUCUGUGGUACUGAAUGUUGCUGUCAGCUUUAGUGGUGUGAUGGCAACAUCAUUUUUUGGUGUUUUUUUGCUAGCUGAAACAGGCUUCUCACAAAAUGGAGCUGCUUUAGCCAAUUGUCUAUCUUCAUUCUCCGGUACUGUUGGGUGUAUCUUGAGCUCUUAUUCGAUUGAAAAGAUUGGAAGACGACCGCUAAUAAUAGGAAGUUUGUUGAGCUUAGUUGGAGUUAACUCAGGAAUGAUGGUUGUGGUAUGGACAUUUCUAAACUAUAGGAUUAUUUGGCUGGGAUAUGUUUUUCUGUUACUCUUCAACAUCUUCUUAAUCGUGUUCAGCGUUGGCAUUGGACCUUUAGCAUGGUUCAUCAGUACAGAACUAACUGGACCAACAUGCCGUGCACGUGUUCAAUCUUUGUCCAUAUCCGCACAGUAUAUCUCCUGUUUCAUCUGCCCAACUAUUUAUUUUCCACUGCAGAAGAUUGCGGGACCGUUCAGUUUCUUGUUAUUCAUAGUACCGUUACUUUUGUCUGCAUUUUAUAUGUACUUUUAUUUACCAGAAACUAAAAAUCGUUCAGCAGAGAAUAUUAGGGCAGUGUUGGAGAAUUGUCAGGUAGAAUGA